AUCGAUUCCAUAAUAAUAUCGAUGUUUUCCCAGAUCUUCUUCUUUCUUUCGUGAAACGGCAUUCGGAAGGUGUAGACAUGGCGUCAAAAGUUUCUCGUGACACGCUCCUUGAGGGCGUCAGCGGCCUGUUGGAGGCUUCGGCUAAGAAGAAGCGUGGCUUUUUGGAGACAGUGGAACUCCAAAUUGGCCUGAAGAACUACGAUCCCCAAAAGGACAAGCGUUUCUCUGGCACCGUCAAGUUGAAGCACAUUCCCCGCCCAAAGAUGAAGGUGUGCAUCCUUGGUGAUCAGCAGCAUUGCGAUGAAGCCAAGGCCAACAACGUCGAGUACAUGGAUGCUGAGGCUCUCAAGAAGCUGAACAAGAACAAGAAGUUGGUUAAGAAAUUGGCCAAAUCCUAUGAUGCUUUCUUGGCUUCCGAAUCGCUUAUCAAGCAGAUUCCCCGUCUCUUGGGUCCUGGUCUUAACAAGGCCGGCAAGUUCCCUGGUCUGCUGUCGCAUCAGGAAUCGAUGAUGGGCAAAAUUGAGGAGGUUAAAUCCACCAUCAAGUUCCAAAUGAAGAAGGUUCUGUGUCUGUCCGUGGCCGUCGGUCAUGUGGGCAUGAAACAAGAUGAACUUGCCCAGAAUGUCAACUUGUCGAUCAAUUUCUUGGUCUCGCUGUUGAAGAAGAACUGGCAGAACGUGCGUUCCCUGCACAUCAAAUCCUCCAUGGGACCACCCCAGCGUCUGUACUAAAAAAUCUAUAAAUGGAUAUGCCAUCAUGAUUGUGGGAAUUCGUAUUUUAUAUUCAUUUGAUGGAAAAAAAUAAACAAGUCUACAUUUUUCUAAUGUA